UUCCGUUCCAAUAACGAAAGUAGAUUUUUAGCCGAACAGGAGGAGGACAUGUUUGCAAUUCGUGCUAUGAUGUCAGCAAUGAAUGAGAGAUGCUGAAGUACAGCCUGCUUGUCCUAAUCCUUGCCAUCCAAGGACAGGGUGAAGAAUGUCCCCUGGGUAAAUAUGGUAAAAACUGUGAUGAAACGUGCAGCGCCAACUGUGCCCCUUCUUCUACUGAUGAAUCUGUGUACUGUGACAAACUGACUGGACGGUGUUCGGAAGGAUGCAAGAGCGGCUGGCAUGGGGACCGAUGUAAUCACCAGUGUAGCAAGAACUGCCUCAACAAUGUCUGCAACGUACAAAAUGGAGCUUGCAGUAAAUGUAAAGAACACUUUUCAGGGGAUUAUUGUGAGACAGCCAUCCAAGGACAGGGUGAAGAAUGUCCCCAGGGUAAAUAUGGUGCAUCCUGUGAUGAAACGUGCAGCGCCAACUGUGCCCCUUCUCCUGACAAGUCAGUCCACUGUCACAAACUGACUGGAAAGUGUUCAGAAGGAUGCAAUAGAGGCUGGCAUGGGGACCGAUGUAAGCAGCCAUGUAGCAAGAACUGCCUCAACAAUGUCUGUAACGUACAAAAUGGAGCUUGCAGUAAAUGUAAAGAACACUUUUCAGGGGAUGAUUGUGAGACAGGUACCACCCCACCACCUAACCUGGCUGCAAUACUGACCCCUGUGAUUUUGAUCCUGGCAGUCAUUGCAGUCUUGGCAGCCAUUGGAGUCAUUGUGUAUAAGAGGAAAUCAAAAAAGCCCCAAAAACAUGUUGAUACUGAAGGACAUGAAGGAGAGCCACUUAACCCUCCUCCAGAGGAGACCAGCAUCUUAGCCACAGUACAUUCAGCACCUGAAGGACAGGAAGGUGAUUCACCCGACCCUCCUCGAGGGGAUCCUGACACCUCAGCCCAAGAAAAUGUAGAAACUGAACUGCAGGAACAGGAUUCAUUGCACCCCCAUCAAGUGGAGCUUGACACACAAGUAAUACCAACAUUAAGAAGUGCAGAAGAGACCUGGAUUACACGAUUUGUUCGUGAUGGUCGGGUGGACAUCAUGAGAAGAGACUGGCCAGACAGGCCUCCAGAGAUAAUGUUAGUAUGGAUAAAACAAUUCGAACAAGAUGAUGAUGUGACACUAACUGAGAGUUUCAGAAAACUGCUGAAUCACAUCGUCGAGGCUGUCCUCAAUGUUGGAGAUAUCAUUACAGUGAAGGCAGUGCUUUUAAAUGACAGUGUUGACAUUAAUAUUAGACUAAAGAGGGGAAGAACUCCACUGAUGGUGGUAGCAAGGCAUGGACACAAAAAAGUGUUUGACUUACUUGUGAGUAAACGAGUAGAUGUGUCACUGGUCGAUGAUGAUGGCAACAACAUUCUUCAUCUGGCAUGUCAGGGAGGGCAUGUUGAUAUUGUGAAGAGUAUCCUUUCAAAGGACAUGCAGAACAUCAACAGUAAAGGACAGUAUGGGAGGAGUGCAGUGAUGGAGGCAGCAUGGCGUGGAGAUAAAGACUUGUUUGACGUUCUUGUCAGGGGAGGAGCUGACUUAUCUCUUGUGGAUGAUUUAGGUAACACCAUCCUCCAUCUUGCUUGCAUUGGGAAAAAUGAGGAAAUUGUACAGGAUAUCAUCUCAAGGAAUAUUGUGGACAUCAACACUAGAGGGCAACAUGGCAGGACAUCGGUGAUGGAAGCAACAUACUGGGGCAUGCGAAACAUUGACUUCCUUGUGAGUAACGGUGCUGAUUUAUCAAUAGUGGAUAAUAGUGGUAACACUAUCCUUCAUGUGGCCUGUAGUGGAGGACUUUUGGACAUGGUAAAGUAUGUCCUUUCAAAGAAAAUUGAGUUCAUCAACGAAAUAUCAGAUGGUGGGAAGACACCAGUGAUUGAGGCAGCUUUUAGGGGAAAUUUGGAAAUGUUCAGACAUCUUGUGGAAAGUGGAGGUAAUCCCCGAGUAACUGAUGCUGACGGUAACACUGGACUUCAUGUGGCCUCCAAGAGAGGACAUUUGGACAUAGUGAAGUAUAACCUAUCAGAACAGUUUGUAAACAUUGAUGAUGGAGGAUGUGGCAAGAGGACCCCUAUAAUGAUGGCAGCAGAGAAGGGACAUACAGAAGUUUUGAAACAUCUUGUCAGUGAAAAGGCUGAUUUAGGUCUUCAGGAUGAGGGUGGUAACAACAUCCUUCACAUUGCUUGUAUGUGGGGCCAUCUGGAGAUAGUGAAGUAUGUUCUCUCUCUAAAUGUGAUCGAUAUCCAUGUUUUGAACAAAAGAGAUCAAACAGCAAAAGAGGCAGCAAAACGUUGGGGACGUAGCUCAGUCUAUGACCUUUUUUAGAGCUGGUGUGUCAAACACCUUGGAACAAUGUUAUUGUGUUGAUAUGACUAUAAUGCAAAUGGCUUCAGAUGGAAAGGUCAAUUGAAAUUAGGAUUGACUGACCACUGAUCAUGUCCACUCGUCCUAUCGGCAAUGUCCUUUUGGGGGAAAUUGGAUGAACAUCCUCACUAUG